UGUAGUCUAUGCAUGGAGCAUCGAUGUCGUGUUGCCCUUGACUCCCUCCAAUUUAAUUUCUAUUUGUAAUAGUACUCUGCAUUUAAAUAAUAUAAAAUCACGGUGAAAAAACUAAACAAUUACAUUAAAGUGUGGUGAAAAGUGAAAACAGUGUGAACUCUACUUGUACAAUCCAAAAUUCGCGAAGCGUCACCUGACUGAAGUCAUUGUCAUUUCCCGCCAUUGUGGUUCUUGUGAUUACACAUUUGCUAUUUUGUGCUUAAAAUUCAGUGCAGUUUAGAUGAAGCAUCCUUAAAAACACAUAAUUAGUGCACCUGAGUUAUGUCAUUACACGAUAAUGAUGUUUGUUUGCUAGAAGUAGAAGAUUACAACUUGUACGAAGAGGAGGCAUCUGAUCACGCUUUUACCAGGGGCGAAAAACAUUCCGCACCUGGCAGAAAAACAAUGGAAGCAGAAAAAAGAAUUCGUCGAGAGAUUGCUAACAGCAAUGAGCGCAGGCGCAUGCAAAGCAUUAAUGCUGGGUUUCAGGCAUUACGCACAUUGUUGCCUCGACAUGAAGGAGAAAAGCUAAGCAAAGCUGCUAUUCUGCAACAAACCGCCGAAUACAUUUACUCUUUGGAACAAGAAAAAACGAGACUUCUAUCUCAAAAUUGCCAGCUAAAAAGACUUCUGAAUCAACAUGAAGGAGGAGAAAUUCCGUUAAAGAAAAGAAAAAGUGAAAUACUCACUCACGUCACGACUCCUACCAUUAUACCCGAUUCUACGGACGACGCUUUAGCCAACUCUCGGUCUCCUGAACCCGUGGCCGUCAUAACAGUAACGAGCGUUCCUCAGAAAAAAGAUGCAGAGAGCGGAGACGUGCGGGUCCAACUUGAACGGGAGCGGCGAUUGCGUCGAUUACUCGAGGAGCGUCUACACACGUUGGAAAAUCAAUAUCCAGACGGGAGAGAAAUGCCUCGCCCCGUGAUCCACUUCGAUCAAACCAACGUUUCGGACUGCAAGCUCGAGAAAGACGACGCGGAGCCGGCGCCCGUCGCGGAGCCGGCCUCGACGGCGGCGCCUCUCCUGGAGGCGGCCAUCAAGGCGGAGCCCCGCGUGGAGGUGGAGAUGCUGCCCGAGGCGGCGCACGAGCCCCCGAGCCGCCUGUACAACCCGAACACGAGCCGGCAGAACCUCGAGACCAUCGUGGAGGCCAUCCGCCACCUGGAGGGCGACCACCUGUUCCGCGAGGAGGGCGGCGAGGCGCCGCUGGCGCUGACGAAGAAGGCGGAGCGCGCGCCGCCGCCGCGGCCCGGCGUCAUAGUCGUGAAGCACUCGUGAUUGCGUUAAACGUGUCUCGGACUUUUCAGCUCGUAUUUUUGCUUGUGCAGGGCGAGCUCUCCUGACCCUCCUCGAAUAUAGUUUUAAAUUUUAGUUAUUUAGUUCUCUUUUCCAAAGUGACGAAUCGAUAAGUCUGCGUCUUUGUUUAUUUUUUUACGCGUUGAAGUCAAAUUCAGAAUGGUAGGAGUUAGCCGUAUCAGGAUGCGUUGUUGCAUACGUCGUUUGGCGCUGUGCUUAGUUUAGUCUCAAAUUCAAUUAUUAUAAUUGUUGGAUUGUUAGCCAUAAUGUUAUAGUUCCAAAAUACUGGACUGUCCUGUCGAUGACA